AUGAGCAUGAGGAACGUCAUCGUCUUUCUUUUGGCUUUUGCCGCUACCGGUGUUAUGGCACUCCCCGCCGCUGACCCCGUGGCCGUAGCCCAAGGGUCCACUCCCGUCCCUGCGCCGGCCAAUGAUGCUGCCCAAUAUUCCAACUAUGGAGACUACGGCGACUAUGGCACCUAUGAAAACUACCGAGCGUCGGCUGAGGAUGCUGCUGAGUAG